UUCCAGCAUGAGCUGCGGGUUCUGUCCUUGCCUGCUUUCCUGAGGAGAAGGCUGCCCUUAUCCCAGGCCUGCAAGCUUGCUAAGCACUAGCGACCCAAGAAAGAGCUCCCCAUGCCCAUCAGACAUGUCGUGGGGAUAUGUGGGCAGGUGUUGAAGAACUUCUCUGGAAGAAGUACAGUCUUGCUGUAGCGGGUUAUGGUUGAGGGGAUCCAGAAAGUAAUUAUGGACCUAAUGGAUGAAUUUAAAGAUGAUUUUCCAACUGUCCUAGGAUUAUCACAGUCGAAUCAGGAAAAAGGACCCGAGCAGAAAUCACCCGGAAUCAGAACGGCUGCGACAUUGGCCAGAAUCAACCGGGGGGCGCUCGUGCGAGGCCUGAGCAGCCUGUCGCUAACCUGCCAGGCCCUGGCGGGGCUGUUGCGGCCCGGGCUGGCCAGGUGCCUGCUGGAUCUCCGGGCCAGGUCCCGCCCGCUGCUGGGAGAGCUGCAUGCGGCCCGGCCGCGCCCAGGUCCGGACCGCGGCCAGGCCAGAAAGAGUUCUUUGUUUGAAAUCAUUUCUUUUCCCACAAAGACUGCUUUAACUAGCAUAAUGUAUGCUUCAUAUGCAGCACUAAUUUAUUUGGCAAUCUGUGUUAACGCUGUGCUGGAGAAGAGAAAGAAGAUUUCUGAAGAAGAGGAAGUCAUAAGGCAAAACAGGGAAAGUGAAAAUUCUAGAAAAGCCUUUUCGGAGCCAGUGCUCUCAGAGCCGAUGUUUCCCGAAGGUGAAAUCAAAGCAAAACCUUACAGGUCACUGCCAGAGAAGCCAGACAUUUCCUAUCAUCCCAAGCUUCCUGCUAAUGAGCAGAAGAACAAGAUCCAGGUUUUACACUCGGUGUUUGACUGGUCAGCUGAAAUGAAUGAGCAAAUAUGAACACAAAUAGCACUGACGAGAGCCUAAGAGUUCCACAUCUAAUGACAUGUUUCAUCUGACAAAGCUAGGAAAUCAGUACACAUAUAUGUACGCUUUGAUUUAAUAAAGAAGGGGAAGUACAACUACAGCUACUACUAAAUGUCAUUCUGUAGUACUUAUUUGGUUGAGAAAAUAAAAUCUUGAUGUAGAUUAUA